AUGUAUGUGCAAAUCUUAUCCUUCCUCAUCAAUACAUUUACAGGUGGCCAUUUUGCCUUUUCUACGCAACCAUUAGGCAAUGAUGUCCGAAUAUGCGCUUUGCAAUUUGAAAGCAACGUCCCAGAGCAACUGAUAGUUGAUAUGCUUGAGCACAAUAUACGUUUAUCUCGUGCCAUACGUCGUAACGCAUCAACUAGUGCGCGGAUUCGGCACGGUGAAAUUGAGGGGCAGGCGACAGCGCCGCGAGUGAAACCGACGGAAGAUACAGCGGCACAGCUGCUGGACUCGUAUCUUGCAACUGCUACGCAGAGUAAGUUCAGUUUGGUCUUCUUUUGAUC